AUGAUGAGUUCAGACUUUAUACAAUUGACUUCGCCAAAACAUCUAGAUAUUAUCUCAGAUACGAAAUUCUCACAGGAUGCGCAGGACAAUCUACUAGUAUCCACAUGGUGUAACAAGUUACUUUUAUACAAUUGCAAACCGUUUGAAAACUAUCCACACGAAAAGCCCACAAUUGAUCCCGUGUGUACGCUAGAUACUGCAGAAACACCCUUGUGUCUACUUUAUCCCCAAUUUAGCUCGCCCAUCAUUGGUUCACUAGAUGGUUCUGUUCAAGAGUUGGAAUUUGAAAACAUGAAACUUGGCACUAGCUUUGCUCAAAUAGUCGAAAAUGACUCGCAUGAAAAUGGUAUCAACAAUAUCUGUCUGGGGGGCACAACCUGCUCUAUAAUAGCCAGCUCCUUUAACCGGAAUUUGCAACAUUUGGACUCAAGACAGCGCAAGCCCAUUGGCGUUUAUCCUAAUAAACGCAAAAUCCAUACAAUGGACUCUACCGAUCAAUAUUUGAUUUUGGGUCUCAGUGAUAAUGUCAUUGAGAUUUACGAUCUCAAGAAUUUGCAUGAACCAAUUGAAACUAGAGAUGUAGGGUUACGAUAUCAGUUUAAGGAUAUCAAAACUUUCCCCAACCAAGAAGGGUUUGCAGUAGCCACUAUCGAUGCAAGGGUGUCUAUUGAAUAUUUCAACCCUUCUUUGGAUGUUCAAAACUCCAAGCGCUUCAUUUUCAAGAGCCAUCGACAUUACGAUGAAAUGACAGGUACGGAUAUUGUAUUUCCUAUAAACUCUAUUGCAUUUGACAAGAAAAAAGAUUAUAUGCUUUUAACAGGAAGUUCAGAUGGACAUGUUUGUUUGUGGGACAUUGAAAAAAGGAAGAGAAUGAAGCAAUUCCCUCGAUUUGAACCUAGAGACCAGCAAGGUGUAGUAGAAAGCGUUGCAAAAAUGGACGUUAGUAGCAAUGGGAAACUACUUGCAGUGGCUACCAGUGACGAUACUUUUAUGAGACGAAGAAGCCUUUCUGAGGACAUGAAUUCCCGACAUCCAAGCAAAAUUUAUGUCAAACAAUUAGGUUGA